AUGACAUUUUUUCAUUUUGUUAAUUGUAUAGCGCUUGCUUAUUCGCCCUAUUUUAUCGCUUACAAAUAUACUGGUUUAUCCGAAUAUAGUUCCAUUUGGAAAUGCGCUUAUGCAGCUCUCGUUUAUUUUUUGACUCAACUUGUUAAAAUGCUCGUUUUAGCGACAUUUUUUCCGGCGAGCGAUGGUGAAACAUUUGAAAUUUUACCGGAGCUAAUGAAAAGUAGUGCCGAUAUUUUUGAUGUGAUUGGACUUCAUCUCGUUAUUAUGAAUCUUAUCGCUGGAAAAAGUGAAAUUCGUUUUUUGGCCACUGGUAUUGGCUGGGCAUUUGCACAUAGUGUUGCAAGUCGACUUGUUGGCUUUUGGGUUGGAGCUCGGGCAACAGCUUUUCAUUGGAAAUUUAUUCAAAUGGCUCUCGAAUCUAAUAUAGAUUUGAUAUUUUAUAUAGCGCUUGUUUGGUUAUUUUCACGAAAUGAUUUAAAAAGCAAAAUGAAACGUUUUGUCGCUUUAUUGAUUGCAUUUUGUGUAUUUCAUGUCUUCAUCUAUGAGUAA